AUGGGUGUUCAGGCAGCUAUUCCAAAGUUUUUAUUCAAAGUUCACAUUGUCAAAACCAAACCAUUAAUUUGGAUAAAUGUCCUAUUACUAAGUUAUACUGAAAUGAACAUUGUGGGAAAGCUCAGUUUCGUGAUACCUUGGAGUAUGUUCUUGCUUCAUUCACUGCUUUCCUCUUUGCAAGGAUCUUAUUGCAAGCUUUCUCUUUUGAGAAGAACUUCAAGAAAUGAGUUUAAUGCAACUCAACAGAAAAGAGAUCUUGUAACAGCUGAGAUUCAAGUUCCCUCUUUUCGAUCACACCUUCAUGAGACCUUGACGUGGAGUCCGCCAGGUUCAUGUCCUCAGGAGUGCCUUAAUGGAGCAGUCUGCACAGAGGCAGGUGACUGUGACUGUCAGUUAUUUCAGGCUCAAGGAAGCAGGUGCCAAAUUGUACCUAACACUGGGAAGGACCGAGAUGGGAUUUGCAAAUCGUGGGGACAGUAUCAUUUUGAAUCAUUUGAUGGCAUCUACUACUACUUCCCAGGAAAUUGCUCCUAUAUUUUUGCAAAAGACUGCAGUACUCCAGAACCCCAGUACACUGUUUGGGUUCAUAACAGCCCUCACUGUUAUGGUUCAGUAUAUACUUGCGAGAGGUCUGUCAGCUUAUUUUUUUCAAACCAAGAAGAAAUAAUUAUUUCAGGACAUGAAGUAAGAAAAGACGGAAUCAGAUUAACGUUGCCUCAGACAGUUGGAAAUGCUUUCCUUGAGAGACUGGCUGACUAUAUUCUGGUGAAGACUACCUUUGGUUUUUCUCUUGCUUGGGAUGGAAACUCUGGUAUUUAUAUUAAGCUGACAGAAGAUCAUAAGGGAAAACCUUGUGGCCUCUGUGGAAAUUUUAAUGGCAAUAAAUACGAUGACCUGAUACUGCAAAAUAUAGGUGAAUAUACAGAAGAUAUUGCUGAAUUUGCAAAUAGCUGGGCUGUGCAAACCCCAAGUGACGUAGCCUGUGUACCUACUGCCUCAGACUUUUCCAGUCCUUGCUCAGUUAAUGCAGCAUCCACUGAGGACAUAUUCUUCAAGUGCCAAAUAUUCCUACAGUUUCCUUUUCUCAGCUGUCAUGAAAGCAUAGAUCCGUAUUCUUAUAUUGCUAGCUGUAUGAAUGAUCUUUGCAGAGUGGAUGAUGAUGAAACAUACUGCAGGGCGGUGACAGAGUAUGCUAGAGCAUGCUCUCACGCUGGGUCCCCGGUGCGGGACUGGAGGGAUGACUUUCCUGCCUGUACUGAGAAGUGUGAAGACAGCUUUGUACACCGGGACUGUAUCAGUUGUUGUCCACCAACUUGCACAUUUGAAAAAGAUUGUCUUGGCAGCAACCUACACUGCUUAGAUGGCUGUUACUGUCCAGAUGGUCUCAUUAUGGAAAAUGGAACUUGUAUCUCUGUGUCGAAUUGUCCUUGUAUUUAUCAUGGAACUGCCUUCCCUGUAGGCUCAAAAAUUGAACAAGAAUGUAGCAACUGUAUUUGUAUUGGUGGCAUUUGGAACUGCACUGAUCAUGAUUGCCCAGCUGAAUGCUCCAUCACAGGUAGCUCUCAUUUCACAACAUUUGAUGGACGUCAUUUUACCUUUCUUGGGAUUUGCCAGUACAUUUUGGUUAAAGGCACUGGGAAAAACAAAUUCACAGUCACUUUACAGAAAGCACCUUGUGGACAGAACUUUGACCAUGCCUGCAUUGAGUCUGUAACACUAGUUCUUGAAGAUGAUGUGAACAAGCAAGUAACUCUCACGAGAUAUGGUCAAGUCCAAACUGGCCUUAACCCAGUUUUUAACCUUAAUGGGGCUAUUGAAAUUCAGAAUAUAUCUUCUUUCUUUGUUCAACUGAAAACUAGUUUUGGUUUGAAGAUACUUUUUGCUAAAGAUGGGGAGAGAAUCUAUGUUCAAGUUGAUGUUGGCUGGAAGAGAAGAACAUUAGGGCUGUGUGGAACGUACAAUGGGAAUUUAAGAGAUGAUUUUCUUUCUCCGGCAGGGAUGAUAGAAGGGACCCCACAACUUCAUGCCAAUGCAUGGAAGGUUUCCUCAGCUUGUUCUGUGCCUAUCAAUAUUCCUGUGGUUGAUCCCUGCAAUGUUAAUCAGCAAAAUGCUGAGUAUGCAUCUCACUGUGAUAUCAUCAAUCAAGACGUUUUUGCUCCCUGCCACGCCUACAUCAGUCCAGGAUUAUACUACCAGCUAUGCCGCUUCGACGCCUGCAAAUGUGGAAGCAGCUGUUUGUGUAAUGCUCUGGCACACUAUGCUUACAUCUGUGGCAAGCAUGGGGUCGUCAUUGACUUCAGAUCUCACAUUUCUUACUGUGCUGUGAUGUGUCACAGUGGUAUGCAUUAUCAUCAGUGCUCUUCUUUUUGUAAACACUCCUGUGCUUCACUUUCUAUGGCAAAUAUCUGUGGUGAUGACUGUGCAGAAGGAUGUAAUUGUCCUGAUGGAAAGUAUUUUGAAGAGUCAGUCAACUUCUGUGUAUCAAUAUCUGCCUGUCAUUGUCAUUACAAGGGCAAAGCCCUCCAGCCUGGAGAAAUCCUCCCUACGCCAACAAGCUCCUGUCAGUGUUUGAAUGGAACAGUGAAAUGCAUUGAAGCCACUACAGAAAAUACAGUUCACAUAUGCCCUGAAGGAAAAAUCUACUAUGACUGCAGAUCUCCUGUGCCUGGUUUACCAGCAGCGGGUGUGAAUUGUGGGAUCUCUUGUGCGAACCUUGCCAUGAACUUCUCCUGUGUGCCCUCGCCACCGUGUGCAAGUGGCUGCAUUUGUCCCCCUGGGAUGGCUGAGCAUAGAGGGAAAUGUUAUAUUCCUGACAGUUGUCCAUGCACCUGGAAAGACAGGGAAUUUCUGUCUGGAGAGGUGAUAGCCACACCAUGUUACACCUGUGUUUGUCGGAGAGGGAUAUUCAAUUGCACUAGUUACCCUUGUCCUGCUGUAUGCACUGUUUAUGGAGAUCGACAUUAUUACACCUUUGAUGGAUUGGAGUAUGAUUAUGUCAGUGACUGCCAAGCUUACCUGCUAAAGAGCACAGAUAACUCAAAUAUAUCCAUAAUUGCUCAGAACAAAAAGUGCUUUGACAAUGAUAUUGUUUGCUCAAAGAAUAUUUUCAUCACUGUUGGAGACACUGAGAUUUAUUUUAGUGAGCCUUCUGAGCAGCAGAAGAUGUUAAGGGGACAGGAAAACAAAUCUAACUAUCAGCUUUGGAAGGCUGGAUACUAUACUGUGAUACACUUUCCAGAACAGGACAUUACAGUUCUGUGGGAUAAGAAGACAAUGAUGCAUGUUAAAGUUGGACCUCGAUGGAAG